AUGAGUUUGCCAAUGGUUGAUUGCCGUAGCUUGAUUGAGUUCUGCAAAGCUUUUGAGCAGCACAGGAAUUCGUUAGCAGCAGCAGAACACCGGAACAGCCACACUCACUCUCGUAAGAAGUGCAGCAGUUCCUUAAACCCUUCAUCCCAUCCGUUCUGCGACCAUUCGGCUUUUGCUGCCAUUGACAUCAUUGUAUUGCUUCUGGUGCUCAGUGCACUUGGAGUCCUGACCAUAUCAUACUUCAAAUUCAUCUUCCGUGAAGUUUCUGAGCUUCUUCCAGCAGCUUUGGACCUAAUAGAAGAUGUUAUGUACACAGCUCCAGUUGGUUAUGUGCUUGGGUUGGUUGUGAUGUUCAUUGCUGUGAUUGCCGUGUGGGAGUUUCUUAGUUACAAAUCUAGGAAAUGUGGGAAUCCCUAUUGCAAGGGUCUUCGGAAGGCGAUCGAGUUUGAUAUCCAGCUUGAAUCAGAAGAGUGUGUUAGGUACAUGCCGCCCACGCCAAAGGAUGUGUAUGGGACCUGCCCGCUGGAAUUAGGGGAGGAUCACAAGGAACUUGAAGCUGAGUUGAAAAGGAUGGCACCGCUCAAUGGCCGCACUGUUCUCAUCUUCCGAGCGCGUUGCGGAUGCCCCACAGGUAGAAUGGAGGUUUGGGGGCCUAAAAAAGUACGUAGAAUGAAGAAGUAGAUUGGAAUAUGUCUGUUAUUGAUGCUCUUUUAUAGUAAUGAACUAUGAAUUAGAAAGUAUCCAGUUGGUUCAUUAAUUUCUGUUAGUCCUUGAUCUGGAUCUUGGAUAUGUUUGUCAACCUUCACGACAUACACUUACCAACAUUUUAAUUGCCAUACUGUUUUAUCUUA